AUGGCUUCGACAUCCAGGUGGUCGCUUAAUGGCUUCAAGGCUGUCGUGACAGGUUCCACCCAAGGCCUCGGAUUGGCCGUGGCCAAGGAGAUGCUGCAGCUCGGCGCGGAGGUCGUUAUCAUGUCGCACAAACCCGCCGAGGUGGAGGAGACCUGCGCAUCUCUGACAACACUGAUGAAGCGCCCAAUUCCCGGCGUUGCUGCCGACAUCUCCACGAAGGAAGGACGUGAGGUGCUUGUUGCAUAUGUGGAGAAGCUUUGGGGCGGUUCCCUGGAUGGCCUUGUGAACAAUGUCGGCACAAAUGUCCGAAAGCCCAUUCACGAGGCCACUGAGGCGGAGUACUACAACAUGAUGCGCACUAACCUCGACUCCUGCUGGUUUCUGUGUAAGAUGUUCAAGCCCAUGCUGGAGCGCUCAUCACGGGCGUCUGUCGUCAACAUCUCCAGCGCCGCCGGUGUGCGGAGUACCGGCACAGGGUCUGUCUACGCCAUGACGAAAGCGGCCGUGGCACACUUAGCCCGCGUGUUGGCGUGUGAAUGGGGACCCCUCGGCAUCCGGGUGAACUGCGUCUGUCCCUGGAUGGUGCGAACCCCACUUUUGGAGGAAGCUAUUCGCAACGACCCACAGCAGCUCGAGGAUGUGAAGAGGACCACUCCACUUGCUCGCCUCGGCGAGCCGGACGACACGGCCGGCACAGUGGCCUUCCUUUGCAUGCCGGCAGCUGCAUACAUCACCGGGCAGAUCAUCUCAGUGGACGGCGGACUUUUCGCGCAAGGCUUUCGUGGGCCAUGCGUCGCCGAGCCAAAGCUUUCAAAGCUGUAA